AUGGAAGACGCCAUGCUGGACAGAAACCCCUUUAUGAAUAUACACAAAGUGAUAAAGCCUUCACAUAUCAAAGUCAUCGUCAAAAGUACAAAAGAGUUCAAACACGAGGUGAAUCCUCUGAAGACUUUCAACAUAGUGAAGCUCUUGUAUCAUCGAAUACAUGAAAGAACACAUACUGGAAAGAAAGACUAUGAAUGUAAUCAAUGUGGUAAAGCCUUUGCACAUUGCAGUUAUCUCCGAUUACAUAAACGUAUACAUACUGGAGAGAGACCCUACAAAUGCAAUCAAUGUGAUAAAGGUUUUUCACAAAGUGGCAAUCUCCAAAUUCAUCUAAGAACACACACUGGUGAUAAACCUUAUGAAUGUAGUCAAUGUGGCAAAACCUUUGCACAUCACACUGCAUGGAGAGCACAUAAAAGAACACAUACUGGAGAGAAACCCUAUAAAUGUAAUCAAUGUGAUAAAGCCUUUUCACAACAAUGUCAACUCCAACCACAUAAAAGAACACAUACUGGAGAGAGACCCUACAAAUGCAAUCAAUGUGACAAAGUUUUUUCACAAAGUGGUAAUCUCCAAAUUCAUCUAAGAACACAUACUGGAGAGAAACCUUAUGAAUGUAGUCAAUGUGGCAAAACCUUUGCACAUCACAGUACUUUGAGCGUGCAUAAAAGAACACACACUGGAGAGAAACCUUAUGAAUGUAAUCAGUGUGGCAAAACCUUUGCACAUCACAGUAGUUUGAGCGUGCAUAAAAGAACACAUACUGGAGAGAAACCUUAUGAAUGUAAUCAGUGUGGAAAAGCCUUUGCAUAUCAGAGGCAUCUCCAAACACAUAAACUAAUACAUAGUGGAGAGAAACCCUACAAAUGUAAUCAGAGUAAUAAAGCCUUUUCACAACAACAUCUUCUCUGA